AUGUCUUCCGAUCCAGCAGGCGGCGACCGGCAGCCGGAUGCUAAUCCGUCUGGCGGCAACAAGCGCCUGCAUAUCUGGGGCCGGCCCAUCGAAGCCCCCGCCGACGUCACCCGCCGCCACCCCGGCGAACAACAGUACAAUGACUUCCAAUCUAACUUUCCCGAGCAAGGUGUCUCGAUCGGUGACGCCGUCAAGACGAUAAAACCAGAAGAUAUACUACAGGUGCAUAGGUCCGCGUGCGGUCGCCAGGGACUCAUGAUGGGCAUUACCGCCGGUGCGAUAACGGGCGGCCUUCGCUUCGUAUGGAGAGGUACGCCAAUCAAGGCGGCAAACUGGGCUGUAGGAGGCUUUCUCGGUGGAGCGAUACUCGGGUUCGAACGAUGCCAGUACCUCAGGCGACUUGAGAGGAUAUCCAUGAAGCGUAUCGUCGAGGUGCACCAGUCCGAUAUUGUGGAAAAGAGGCGGACAAAGGAGGAAGAGGACGCGCAAAAACAACUCCAAGCCGCUGCUGCCACGGCGAAGAAGUGGUACAAGUUUUGGUAG